AAAAGGAAAUAUCAAAAGAAUUUUCAAAAAAUCGUUUUAAGUGCAGAACCAAAUUAGCAGUUUUAAACGAAAGCAGCUUUCGUGUGCCAUAAAAUCGUUGUGACAAAGCUUUUAGAAGUUUGUUGAAAAAGCUCUGCGUUUGACAUUUAAUCCAGCGAGUUGGCUAAUUUCAAUUUGACGUUUCACAUUGACAACGAAAAACAAAAAAAUUAAAAGCACGAAUUACUCAGAGAAGUGAAAAAUCGCACAAGCAGAAAAAGCAAGUCAACCAGAAAGAAAACAUUAGUUUUUGUGGAAAAUUUCUUUGAAUCAUCAACAUUAAAUAAAAAUCUCAUAGCAAAUCGCAAGCGCUGUUUCCGCUGGUGCAAAAGUGAUUUUGAAAUCCACAGCGUUUUAUUGAUUUCUGCGAACGCUAACGAAAAAAACAAACACGGACGUGGUGGCAGAGGCCGCAUUGGCAGUGGUUGGCUGGCUGGCGCACAGCGAAAAGUGGACAACACAAUACAGUGGCAAAGUCACGAGCAAUGUAAAAGGUGGCGAGAACAAAAACACGCAUUGAGCUACCAAGGAAACGGGUGCGCGAGGGGAGCAGCGUAUUGCACACAUCAAGUUACAUUGCUAACAUAAACAGGCAACAAAGGAAUUAGUUGGUUUUUAUCGGCUUCGCGAUCUCUUCACUGUAAUUUGGAGACACAUUUACGUUGACGUGUACAAGUGCUCCGUAAGCAAAAGCAAUACUACUAGUUAGCGGCUAGUAAGCAACUAGCAAGAACUAACUGCCGUGUAUUUGUUGUUAUUUUUUACAUCAUUUAGCAGCUGUUAGCGUGCUAAAGUAGUUGCGGCAAACAUUCCGUGAAUUAAUUUCCAACAGUCACACUUGCCAGCAUCGUGCAAAGAUGUCAAACAUGUUUAGCAUAACCAAUAUUAAAAAUCGAUUUAUUUCGGUUAUCGCACCAGAUAUACCGCCGCUGCCAUCGACACACGGCCAUCAAAUGCACCGCGGUAACAUCAGCGGCGGUCCAUCAAACUACCAGCUGCGUAUGGCGCAUCAACAAAAGAAACCAGACAAAUUCGCCUAUGCGCGUCCACCAUUUCUGCAACUCUUGACAAUCGACGAGUUGCGCGCCUCAGCCGAUCACAAUGUGCGACCCAUAAUUGUGCCCCGUGACAUCAGUUUGCUGCCGUGGGGCACUGGUUAUGCCGAGUGCGUUAAUUCCGGGAAAUCGGAGUGGAACGAAGAUCAAGCUGCAUUCGCCAGGCAAGUGCUGUCCGAUCCCACACACUCUCAUCCAGACUUACCAUAUACGUACUAUGGUAUUUUUGAUGGACAUGCUGGCUAUGGUGCCGCACUGGCUGCCUCCCAUCAAUUCCACCACAUAUUACACGAGAAACUGGUGGAUUGCUUGGAAUUGCUGCUUCCUCGUGAUGAAGACGCGGCCAAUUCGAACCAAGACAGUAGCUUUCCCCAUCCCAGUCAUUUUCACCGACGCGUUUCAAAGGAUGAGCUCAUCAUCGGCGCACUGGAGAGCGCUUUCUUCAACAUGGACACGCUGAUUGCACAGGAUCGUGAUCGAUAUCGUGAUGCCGGCGGUUGCACUGCUUGUGUGGCGCUAUUCAUCAAUGGCAAACUGUUUGUAGCGAACGCUGGCGACAGUCGUGCCGUCUUGAGCCAACGCAAAAGCAAGUGCACUGAGAGGAACAACACAACAACCGUUGCAGUGGCAAAUGCUGACAAUGGCACGGACACGCAAGAAGUGUUCGCUGUGCCCUUCUCUUUCGAUCACACGCCAGAAACCGAACGCCAACGGCUGCUCACUGUAGCGCGCUUGAAGCCACAUCUGAUGGAGAAACAGUACGCUGCCAUGGAGUAUGCCAAACGGCCACAUAUGAAGGAUCUGGGUCAGCGCAUACUCUGCCGUCAAGGCACUAUGAAGGGUUGGACCUACAAGACGUUGACACGCGAGGACUUACGCAUGCCAGUGGUGACAGGCGAAGGAAAGCGCAGCCGUUUGCUGGGCACACUCGGCGUAACUCGCGGCUUUGGUGAUCACGAUCUCUUAGCCAUCAACACAGGCACACAGAUCAAACCAUUUCUCACACCCCACCCGGAAGUGGUCAUACGCGAUCUUUCCAAAAUUGUUAGCAUUCCAGAUGAAAAUAAUGAGGACGGCGACUACGGCAUACUAGUGAUGGCCACCGACGGUCUCUGGGAUGUUUCCGAAAACGACGCCGUCGCGCGUACGGUUUUCCAAACGCUCGACAAAUACCCAACGGAGAAGCACCGUUACACAAUGGUGGCACAGGAGCUGGUGGCGCGGGCGCGUGGUAAAAUAAACGACUCAGGACAUUGGCGCCUGGCCGACAGCAAAGCGGCCGCAACAGUCGAUGAUAUUUCAGUGAUUGUGAUUCCCGUCUAUCAGUAUUACAAGGAGCACGUCGAGUGGGAAAAGCGUUGCGCACAAGUGCUGCAGGAGCGACGUGCCAAAGUGACACCGAGCGCCACCGAAGCGUGUGAGGAUGAGACGCUGCUGGUAAAUGGCGUCACAAAGGCGCAAGUGGAAGUGGAGCACGAAAAUGCCGAAGAAGAGGAGGAGGUGGUAGUGGAAGUGAAUAGACAACAAGCUAAAGCCACUGUUGAGCUGGAGGAGGAGCAGGAGGAGUCUGUAAAACCAUCAGGCAGCGGCCAAAGAGACCCGCUCAAUGCACACCCAGUCGACACGGCAGCUGCUGAGAAGGAAGUAAAGGAUCUCAUAGAGAAUGAAUUGACCGCAGCCAUAUCAGCGCUGGAUGCGACUGAGAGUGCAGCAGACGAUAGCAAAGAGGCAAAAGGCGUUGUAUAAGAGCAAGCGGUGCUUGCCGAUGCGCUGAAGAGGCUCAAAUAUCUCAUUGCAAGUGGAGAUAAUUAGUUGAUAAACUGUAUCCCCGUAUCACUCUCUCUCUCUCUGCUAUUACAGAACCGUCUGAGAAGACGUAUAAAUCACAGCAGCCGCAACAGCAACAACAACAACACCAACAUCACCGCAAUCGUAAUCGCCAAGGCAAACGUUGAGGGAAUAACAAUAACAAAAACAAAAUAGAACGUACGCAAAUAUCGCGUACACACAUACAUACAUUUUCUACUAAAUACAUAAUAAUAAGUAAAUAGAGAACAAACUUAACUUAACUUAGUUAAUGUAUAAACGCACUUAAUUUGCGAAUCAAUUAAUGAGCUAACGGAAACACACACACAGAGAAAUGUAGCGUAGAGAAGGACGGCCGCGCUGUGUUUUGCGGAUGUGAAUUUGCCAAGUGAAACUUACUCAAUCAUUACCAGCGAGCAAAAUCAAUUUUAGAUACUAAUAUGCAAACACACACAUAUUUAUUUGGACUCCUCAUUCUUAAUUUACAAACGCACUCGCGCUCGCCCUCGACCGCAUUCUGUAAAUCAUUAUACUGAGUUGAGAUAAGCGGCUAAUUAUGAAAUCUGAAAACUUAAAAUUACGAGAGUGCGUGUCAUUGCUAGAAAAAUAGUACAGUUAAUACACUAAAAACUUUGAAUACCGUUAAACAGAAAAUAUAAACAAAAAUGGAUUUUCGAAAAAACUGUAUUCGAGAUUUUCGAAAAUAAAUUAAUCAAAACUAAAAAUUGUAAUAAUUCAAGAUUUGCGAAAAUAAAUUAUUAGUUUUUAUUAAAAAACAAUAAA